AAUGUCAUUCAAUUAAAUUAAUUAUCUGAUUAAAUAAAAUUCAUAUGAAUAGUUAUCCAAGCACCCAAACACUCCCAAACUCGAAUCGUCAAAAAUUCAACAACACUUCUUCUUCUCUACAGAUUCUCUCUCACUUUAUCUAGACAAUCGUUUCACCUUCGCUUUUGCCUCGGGAUUGGCUGUUUCCGUACUGUGGGUUUAUCCAUGGCCGCUUCUAACCGAAGCACCAACUCUUCUCCUUCCACUGGUUCAGCUAAGGAUAUGGUGGAGAGGCUAUCAACUGACAAGAGUGUUCUCCAGCAUCAGAUGUUACAGGACACAAAUAGCUUUCGCCCUUUCUGUGGUUCUGGUUAUCCCUUUUCUCCAAGUUCCUGCGGUAUUAACACAGACUCGUUUCACGUUGGAGGCUAUGAACACGCAGUUGAUACUCCAAGCUCGUACCGUUCAAGUACAGAUACUCUAAGCUUUGAAGAAGUCUAUCAUGGCAUGAGAUAUGAUGACAUGUUUAACCAUGGUAACGGUGUACCAUCGUUGCCACAACAUUAUGGUGACCUCCAUGCUGAUGAUGCAAACUAUUUCGCUCCUUUUCGCUCAUCAAAUCAACAGUAUCCAGUCCCAGACCCUUUUCAUGCUUCUCCGGAGUUUCACAUGUCUCAGACGAACUCUACACAUCCUUAUAGGCAUGCGAACGAAAUAAACAGUUUUGAGACUGAUUAUAUGAUGCACUCUACGAGGAACUUUGGCUUUAGAAAUAAUAUGUUUGGGAAACCUAAGGGUUUGAAUCUCAACCCCUUCACUGGAAGAAGAACGUUUGUUCCAAUGGCGUCUACCACAAGAAGUAUGAAGCAUCCUGUCUCUGCUGAAUUAUCUGCAAAUGAUUUCGAUAUGGGUUCACAGCAUCGAACUUUGCAAGAUGAUUUUGGAUCUUCUGCAAGCUUAAGUUACAGAGAACAAGCUUACAACCAAUGCAGAAGAGCCUCUUUCUCUGCUUCUGCUUCUUCUUCUUCUUCUCCUAGCUCAACUUGGGAGCUUGAUUAUAUCUUUCCACCACUUGAUGAAUCAAGAAGUGGAAGCUGCAGCGACUUCUACCAUCGCCCCGCCAUGUCUGAUUUGCUCACCGAGAGAAACAGAGGGCUUAGGGCUUCAAGGCCAAACGCUAAAAGCAAAAUGAUCACUUAUGAUCAACAAGAUUUGCUCUCUCAGUUCAGGGACGCAAAGUUCUUCGUUAUUAAGUCGUAUAGCGAGGAUAAUGUCUACAAGAGCAUGAAGUAUUGCGUUUGGGCAAGCACUAAAAACGGAAACAAAAAGUUGGAUGCUGCUUAUCGUGAAGCAAAGACUAAAGAAGUGGCAUGCCCAGUCUUUCUUUUGUUCUCGGUGAAUGCUAGUGCACAGUUUUGUGGAGUGGCAGAGAUGGUUGGACCGGUUGAUUUCGAGACAAGUGUGGAGUACUGGCAACAGGAUAGAUGGUCAGGACACUUCCCGGUCAAGUGGGUGAUUGUUAAAGAUGUUCCCAACAGUCUCUUUCGUCACAUCAUAAUUGAAGACAAUGAUAAUAAGCCUGUCACUAACAGUAGAGACACCCAAGAGGUGGGAGUGGAACAAGGCAUAGAGAUGAUAAAUAUAUUCAAUAGCUGUGAGAUGAAAUCUUCGAUCCUCGAUGACUUUAGCUUCUACGAAGAGCGGCAGAGAAUUCAAGACAGAAAAGCCAGACAACGUGCUCUUCUUGAAAAUCUCAGAGCCUCCUCUCUAACCUCUGUUCCAACACAUCUCGCAAGUUCUCUCCAUGAAGACUAUGUAAGGGAAAUGUCCAAGAGCUUUGCCGAUGCUUUGGUCUUGCAACACAAACUCAAUUAAGUAACUUAAAGAACCUCUCUUAUCUUUUGGGAUUUGUACUGAAAGGUGGUUAAAAUUGUGGUUUUAUACUCUUGAUUUUGUACUAUUGACCACAUACUUAAGGAGCUUAGAUUGUAAUAUAAACUCAAGGUUCCAAAAUUCAAGGAUAAACUUUAGUUAUGUGCGGAAA